UCAAAAAAAUCGGCAAAAUAGCACAACAUAGUGCCGCAGUGAACGAACCCCGCAGUGCCGCACCGGUGCCACAAGUGCAGUGAGAUACACCACCGUAACGUGCGACCUCCUUUUUCAACUCUGCCCUCCAUCUCUUCUCAAUCAUACCUUAUCUACCGUAACCUGGAUAUACCUCGUGAUCCCCUUUGGUCAGACUGCGCUCUCGUCCAAACACGUCGUUUAUUAACUAUAAUAAAUGCCUUUCCAACGACCCGCCAGCGUCGCGAUAUUAAGGGCUUAAGCCGUGACGUACUGUGACAAAGCGGGGGCGUGCGCAGUCUUUGUUAAGGGGGCGAGCCUGCGAUGUCGACGCCACGCAGCUACGGAAGAAUUCACCCCGCCACUCCCAUCCUCACGGCUGUAAAGAUCGAUGCCAUUGGUGCAGAGAGGGUCAGAGGGGCUUGGUGACGAAAGUCCGUUUGUGUGACCGUUGAGUCUACUACAAAGAGUGGGUUGAACAUGGAGGUGGUAGAGACUUCUGUUGAGUCGUUGGACCUUGGUUCCAUACUUCCAACGUCACAACGCAAGGAAGAGGAGGAUAGGAUAGACUGCCUGGAGCAGCAGCUGUGUGAGCUGCAGUCCUGGUUCUCGUCGAUGGAGGCGCGGCUGGACGUGAGCGGGCUGCACGCCAUCUCCUGUCUGGAGGACGUGGAGGACAGCCUGGCCAGGCACCAGGCCAUCACAGAACAAAUCCACGACCGACAGCGGGACAUAGACGAGCUCCUGCUACUGUGUGCCGACCUACUCCAUAAACCAGCAGUGCGCAUGUGCAGCCCCCUGUCACAGAGCUUCAGUGACACGUCGGGUCACAGUCAGGACCUUGACCUUGAAGAACCAACCGAAACAGACGACAAAUAUUCCGCGGAUCCACCAAUGAAAGGCAUUAUCUCAAACAUAGAUUCUGACAAAGGGAAUAUCUCAUCAAGUCAGCCCACAAAAGAGAACAUAACUGACGUAGAUGAUUGUGUAGAAGACAAAAACACUGAACAACUUCGUGAUGGCGCCAAAGAAGAACACGCAUCCCAUGAUUCCUCGCUUCAACAGGAUGACGUCAUGACUCAAGACGAAAGCACGAUGUCAAUUGACAUGAUGGAGGGAGGAGAAGAAGAUGAAGAAGAAGGAGACUCGCUGCAGUUCCUUGCACUUGUGCUAGAGCUCCGCUGGAACACCGUUACCAUGGCAGCCAACGAUAUCCAGUGUCGUUUGGAGGAGAAGCUAAACACUUACAAAGGAAUUUACAGGUGCGCACUUGGCCCGGAACCGCAGUAUGCAGACGAGUUCCAAACCUCUCAGAUUACACAAGACAGCACCGUAGAAGACGCUUAUAUGCAAAGUAGUGACGUCACCGAUUCACAAACUGUAGCGUCCCUGAACAACGAAGCUACAAAAACUCCAGAUGUCGUAGAAGAAUCCAACGGCGACGAUUGGUCCAACAAGAGCGAGGCCGGGUCGUCAGAAGACCGUGCAACCCCCGAGUCAAACGGUGACGUCAUUCCCUUUCCAGAAGAGGACUACGAAAAAGUCACGUCCGACGACUCUCGCGAUAAUGAACGCGAUUUGGAGGGAACUCUUUACACUCACACUAAAACCGUCACAAAGAUAGUUGAGGAAGUGUCUGGAACAGUUACAGUAGUAGAACGUGACGUGACCACAACAGAGUCGAUGUCGAGAAUCAGCACGGACUCUCUGGACAGAAUUCCCGUGAAGGAAUCUUCUCUCGUCCCUCAGGACCCAAACGACUUGUCAGACGACAGUUUGGACGACGAAAACUCGGAAUCCGAUCUUCCAGUCGGUCAUCACGGCGAAGAACCGAAUCUGCACGAGCUAGACGCGAACACAACCGAGAAGGAGCCGAGCGCUGCCGAGGACGAGACGGAAAGACACGACGAAGAGGAAAGGGGUGCGGACGAGAACGAUCAAGACUGCGGCACGGAAGACGAUAUGGACGUGGACUCCCUUGGCAGUGGUGACGAGGCAGAUGAAGCUUCAGAAGAAGAAAAGAGAAGAAAACAGCAGGAAGACAAGCUUCGAGAGCGCCUCAAGAAGGCUUGUGCACGACAAGGACCCGUCGGAACUGCAGGCCGCCAUGGAGCAGUGGCGAGAGGCGGGGAUGUCCACGGACGAGGACGUCUUCCUUCAUGCGCUAAGUGUUCAGAAAGAGCUGGAGCUCCGAGAAGUCCUACGAGACGCUGUCCGCCGGCGCAGCCUGACCGACAUUGAGAACACCCUGCGGCUGGUCAGGGAGCAGGGCCUGGCGGACAGACUGCGGGUGGACAUGGCUGAGGCCGAGCGGGUCGCAGAGUCCUUACGGCUCCUGGAAAGUUUACGUCACGAAGUACUGCAGCUGAACCAGAGCACGAUAUCAGAGAUACGGUCCUACUCCAACCCUCCCAAACCGGUGCACAAAGUCAUGCUAGCAACCUACCUCCUGCUCGGAGAGGACGCCAGCAACAUGAAG